CCUUUUAACAUUUUUGAGGUGAAACGAAAGCGAUUUUAUUAGAAUUAGACUCUCAUUUUGUUAUGGCAGCAGUCUGGGCGAGCUUCUGCCUCCUAGUAUCGCUUGCAGCACUUUCACCUCAUCGAGCGCACGGCUCCACUUGGGGUUCAUUAUUCGACCGCAAACACGGUGCUGCGGCCGCCCCGACAGUUGGUAUAUGCGCGUCGUCGGUGGUUGUGUACGGCUACCCAUGCCAGGAGUUUGAUGUGACAACCCAAGAUGGUUAUGUAUUGAGUGUGCAAAGGAUUCCGGAAGGUCGCGGCAAAGGCAGCAGUGGCGGCAGCGGCGGCGGGAUUAAGAAGCCACCGGUCUUAAUCCAGCAUGGUGUCCUUGUGGAUGGAGUCACCUGGCUCUUGAAUUCUCCGGACAGAAAUCUGCCAUUGAUUCUGGCAGACAACGGAUUUGAUGUGUGGAUUGCCAACACCAGAGGGACCAGGUUCAGCAGGCGACAUACUUCCAUGGAUCCCCGCGAUCCGAAAUUUUGGAAUUGGUCUUGGGAUGAACUGGUGGCUUUUGAUCUACCAGCAGUGUUUGAUUUCGUGUAUGGCAAGGCUGGACAGAAGAUCAAUUAUGUUGGCCAUUCCCUGGGAACUUUAUUUGUAUUGGCAUCGUUAUCAGAAGGGAAACUGGUGGACCAGAUGAAAUCAGCAGCCUUGCUAAGCCCCAUUGCUUAUUUGAGCCACAUGAACACUGCACUUGGUGUGGCUGCUGCCAAAGCCUUUGUUGGUGAGAUCACUACGCUUUUCGGACUUGCGGAGUUCAACCCGAAAGGGGACCCAGCGGCUCAAUUUCUGCAAGCUCUAUGUGCUUAUCCAGGGGUUUACUGCUAUGACUUAUUACAAGCUGUUACUGGCAAAAACUGCUGUCUCAAUUCUUCCACCAUUGAUCUCUUCUUGGAGAAUGAGCCUCAGUCAACAUCCACCAAGAACAUGGUGCACUUGGCUCAAAUUGUACGAGAUGGGAAGUUGGCAAAAUACAACUACGGCAGACCAGACUUAAACUUGAUGCAUUAUGGCAGAUUUAACCCUCCAGUUUACAACCUCUCCAACAUUCCCCAUGACCUUCCUCUGUUCCUCAGCUAUGGCGGCCAAGACGCGCUCUCCGAUUUUCGCGAUGUGGCACGCUUACUGGAUAGUCUAAAACUUCACGAUGUGGGCAAGCUCACUGUUCAGUACAUAGAGAAUUAUGCACAUGCAGAUUUCAUCAUGGGGUUGAAUGCUAAGGACAUUGUGUAUAAUCAAGUGACUGCAUUUUUCAAGCAGCAACACUGAUGUUACUAAGACUCAGGCCCAAAGGUUAACUAAUGGACAUGGGUCAUGAGCUCAAGUAAAAUGUACCCAGAAAUUUUGAAUAAUUUUAAUGCAUAUUUAGCGGAAUUCCGUCAACAA